AUGUGGCUUGACCGCAUCUCAGGCCAUUCGAACCCUCCUCGGGCCCCCUUCAGCGGUCGCAGCUAUUCUCCGGCUCCUCCUCGAAAGUCUUCUUUUCUGCCACCUGGCUCGCAGGCAAGGUCUGGGGCAGGCCCUCAGAACUCGACAUGGUCGCUAUCGUCAACACCGAACGAUUCGACCACGUCGCUCCCGGGCACCGCCGCGCGCGGCACGAAUGUAUUGGCUCUCAAGCAAGGUCUGACGAGGUCUCGCCCUUCCGACACUCCAGACCCUUUGGUGGUACUGAACAGUAUUCUCGGGAAACCGUCGAACGACAAACCAUCCUCCCUUGAUGAUACGGCCUCGCCUGCUCCGCUGGAGACGAAGCCCUCGCGACUGGUGAGGGAGAUCGACUUCAAUGGCCUUAGCCUUGAGGAAUUCAUAAGGAAGGAAGAUGAACCGAAAAGAGUAUUGCAGAGUGAUGUUGGCAGACAGACCGUGCAUCAGUUCGAGAAGGAACGAGAUAAAUAUCAAGAUCUCCAUAAGUCAAUAACGGGCUGUGACGAUGUCUCCAAAUCGGUCGAGUUGUAUUUGAAUGAUUUUCAGACUGAAUUGGGAGCGGUCUCGGCGGAAAUUGAAACCCUCCAAUCUCGAUCCAUCCAGUUGAAUGCAAUGCUGGAGAACAGACGGAAUGUGGAACGUCUCCUUGGCCCUGCUGUAGAAGAGAUCAGUAUCUCUCCACGAACGGUGCGGGUGAUUGCGGAUGGUCCCAUUGAUGAGAAUUGGGUCAAGGCCCUGAAUGAGAUAGAGAGCCGGUCGGCAAGUAUUGAGGCCAAGGUCUCGGGAUCAGGAACAUCCAAGGUCAUCGAAGACGUCCGGCCAUUGUUAACGGAUAUCAAAAACAAAGCGGUCGAGAGGAUCCGCGACUAUCUUGUCUCCCAGAUUAAAGCGUUUCGAUCUCCAAAUAUCAAUGCGCAAAUCAUCCAGCAACAGCGGCUGGUGAAAUUCAAGGACCUAUAUAGCUAUAUCUUGCGAGCGCAUCCUACGUUAACGGAAGAGAUUACCCAGGCCUAUGUGAACACUAUGAGGUGGUACUACCUCUCUUAUUUUACCCGCUACCUUCAAGCUCUUGAGAAAGUCAAGUUGUAUCCGAGUGAUCGCAACGAGAUUUUGGCUGGUGAUUCUUCGUCACAAAGGACAGGAAAUCUGAACCCCAGUGCUCGGGCUGCUGCGGCUGCCCAUGACCCGUUUUCGCUUGGCCGGAGAAUGGACAUCAUUCGUACCAGUAAUCAUAUGGCAAUGUCUGCAUAUCUCGCCGAGGAAGACAACGCCGUACACGGAAUUGAGGUUCCUUUCCGGAAUUUCAAUCUUGCCUUACUUGACAACAUUUCAGCUGAGUAUUCAUUUAUGACGGAGAUGUUUGGUGCCUUGUCCUUCCAUCAACUCUCGCGCAAGGCGGCUGAAAUAUUCGAGCCAGUAUUUGCACUUGGGCAAACCCAGGCCAAGCACCUCAUUGAGAACAGCACGGACUGUCUUGGUGUAUUGAUCUGCGUCCGACUCAACCAGCAGGCAGCAUUUGAGCUCCAGCGACGAAAGGUUCCUGUUGCGGACUCGUAUAUCAACGGCAUCAACAUGCAACUAUGGCCGAGGUUUCAGGUCAUCAUGGAUUUGCAGUGUGAGUCGCUCAAACGAGCGGCGUCGGGAACGAACCGUGGAGCCAUGUCUGCUCUUUCGAUUGGCGCGGGUGAUGAUUCGAAGCACUCGUCCGCGCCUCACUUUCUCACACAGCGGUUUGGGCAGUUGCUACACGGUAUCCUCGCUCUCAGCAGUGAAGCCGGUGACGACGAACCUGUGUCGAACAGCUUAUCUCGCCUUAGUACCGAAUUCGAUGGCCUGUUAAUGAAACUAAGCAGGAGCGGGGGCGACACGAAGCGACGGGAAAGAUUCCUCUUCAACAAUUACUCUCUCAUCUUGACUAUCAUCAGCGAUGCCCAGGGCAAACUCGCGAUAGAACAGAGAAAGCACUUCGAAGAAUUGCUAAAGAACUAUGGGCGGCGCGGGUAG